GUGACCGAGUGCUUUCUGUUAAUGGGAUCACAUUGGAAGGAGCAACACAUAAACAAGCUGUGGAAAUCAUGAGAAACACUGGCCAGGAGGUCCAUCUAGUACUAGAAAAGGGGCAGCUUCCAGCAGCCAGAGUCCAAGCUCCCACGACAUCACAGUGCACACCUACAAACAAACCCAGUCAUAGUGUCCUCCUGGAGAAGCCUGUGAAGAAGACUUCAUGUACCAGAGAAUACAACUUUGUCACUGAUGACAAUACAUUCGAGGUGAAACUCGUGAAAAACAGUUCUGGGCUAGGCUUCAGUUUCUGCCGUGAAGAUAGCGUCUCCCCAGAACAGCCGGGUUCCAGUAUAGUCAGGGUGAAAAAGCUCUUUCCGGGACAACCAGCUGCAGAGAGUGGGCAGAUUGAAGUUGGAGAUGUCAUCCUGAAAGUCAACGGUUCUUCUCUAAAAGGGUUAUCUCAGCAGGAAGUCAUCUCGGCUCUCAGGGGAACUUCCCCUGAAGUCACCCUUCUCCUCUGCAGGCCACUUCCUGGAAUUUUGCCAGAGAUUGAUCCUACGUUAUUGACACCCAUCCAUUCCCCACCACAAAUAUUCCCCAAAGUGGGCAAAGGAAACCUACCACCCCCUAAUGGAGAACAAGAUGAUAGUUCUGAUGAAAACGAAGCCAUUGACCAGAACAAGGUCAGGUCUCCUUCUCGGAGAGACAGCUACAGUGACAGCAGUGGGAGCGGAGGGGACGAAAUCAUCGCAAAUGCAGCCAGCCCAAAGUGGAAUUCUGCUUUGUAUCAAACCCCAAGCAAGUCAGCAGCUCAAGCACCUAGUCCUUAUGAGACAUCCAGCAAGCAAAGGGAAGCAAUCCACACAGCAUUUUGCCCCCCUCUUGAAUCAUCUAGGAAGCAAGACAUGGAGAACAGAGAUAAUCAGGGUGGGUUAACUGGGAUGAAGUGUCCUGAAAGCCUUAUUUCAAAGCUGAAAAUCAACCCUCCAUCACCUCUGCUAAUGGAGUUGUCACCAAUAUCAAACCAAAGAACCAUCCCACUUAAUUUUACAGAGGAAAAAUUCAACUCUUCUCUCUCUGACUUCACAUCUCCACAAGGCAGACUGGCGCCGCUUUUCAGUCAGCUUGAAAAACAUGCAGAUGAAUAUGAACCAGAAGUGGAACUCCAUGUAGUUCUAACUAAAUCUGAGAAAGGUAGCCUUGGCUUCACAGUGACAAAAGGCAGUGAUAAUAUCGGCUGUUACAUCCAUGAUGUAGUACAAGAUCCUGCCAAAAGCGAUGGGCGGUUGCGACCUGGAGAUCGUCUAAUCAAAGUGAGGAACAUUUUUUUCAAAUCUAAAACAUACUGUAUUUCCCUUGCAGGUGGCCAUGAUAGUCUUUAUCAGGUGUUAUACAUUAGCGAUAUCAGUCCCAAAUCUGCUGCAGCCAUGGAGGGAACACUCCACAUUCUGGAUGUCAUCCAUUAUAUUAAUGGGAUCAGCAGUCAGGGAUUGACCUUGAAAGAAGCCAAGAGGGCGUUGGAAAUAGCUCUUCCGAAUGUGAUCCUGAAAGCAACAAGAGAUGGCCACCCAGUGUUUCCAAAAGCUAAAGAACAUGAAUUCAUUGGUCUGAAGUCAAUCAAACAGAAUGGCCAUUUUCAGGGAGAACAUUGUACCAAAACAGAAAAGGGACCUCAUCAUUACAAAAUUAAUGGCGAAACAAAUAACAGUCUUCAACUGACAAGUCUAACCCAGGAUCCCAUCUCUAAAGAAAUGCCUCCAAGUGAUACCACUGUUCAGGUCUCAGAUUUUCUCAAAUACAACAACCACAAAGACAACAUCAACUUGGGCAUCCCCCAAGAUGAAGAUUCUUACGAUGAGGAUGAUCACAAUCAAGUUAUUCAGUACCUUUUAGAUGUUGUCGACGAAGAAGCUCAGAAUCUGUUAAACCGUAAUAAUUCUGCAUCUGAGACCCAUCAUGCAGAGACAAAUGGGAAACUUUUGGAAGAGAAAUCAGAGGAUACAGACUGUGAUGGGUCAUCUUUGCCUGAAGAUUUUUCAGAGCAGACCCAAAUAAAUGGAUGUCAAGAACGUUGCAAUGGUAACAGGAAAUGUGGACGAUUACCUCAGGAAGACGAUGAUGAUAUUACCUGGGGAAGUGAGGAGUUGCCAAUUGAAUUAAUAAACCAACAGCAGUCUGUUAAAGACUGCCCAUUAAUCACCAAUGAACAACUUGCUGCUCUCCCAGUAGUCCAAAUUUUUCCUUCAGGCAACUAUACAGGCUCCAAAUUAAAGUCAACUAUUCAGAAGUUACGAGGCGUGUUGGAACAAGGGGUCCCAUCUAAGGAGAUUGAGAAUCUUCAUGAUUUAAAGCCUUUGGAUCAAUGUUUGGCAGGCCAAACGAAGGAAAACAGAAAGAAGAAUAGAUAUAAGAACAUACUGCCUUAUGACACCACAAGAGUGCUUCUUGGGCCUGACGGUGGCUAUAUCAAUGCCAGUUUUAUCCAGAUGCUGGUGGGGACAAAGGAAUAUCUUUACAUUGCGUGCCAAGGACCCCUCCCUAAUACGGUGGCUGACUUCUGGCAAAUGGCUUGGGAACAGAAAUGCACUCUUAUAGCCAUGAUGACCCAGGAAGUAGAAGGAGAAAAGGUCAAAUGUCAGCGGUACUGGCCCAACGCUCUUGGCAAAACCACAAUGGUCAGCGACAAACUCCGUCUUUCUCUGGUGCGGCUGCAGGAACUCAAAGGUUUCAUCAUUAGAAUCAUGGAACUCGAGGACAUUCAAACAGGUGAACUCCGGCAUAUUUCCCAUUUAAACUUUACUGCUUGGCCAGAUCACGACACACCAUCUCAACCAGAUGAUUUGAUAACUUUCAUCUCCUACAUGAGGCACAUCCACAAAUCAGGACCCAUCAUCACUCACUGCAGUGCAGGCAUUGGGCGAUCAGGGACGCUCAUUUGCCUUGAUGUGGUCCUGGGCUUAAUUAGCCAAGACCUUGAGUUUGAUAUCUCCGAAGUGGUGCGGCUGAUGCGUUUGCAAAGGCAUGGCAUGGUACAAACGGAGGACCAAUACAUUUUCUGCUAUCAAGUUAUCUUGUAUGUCCUAAAGCGUCUUCAAGCAGAAGAACAGUAAAGAAACAGCUAAAAUAUUGUGCCAAGUAUGCAUUUAAAAAUACGCCCUCGGAUACUUUGGGUGUGUUUACAUUACAGAUUGAAGCUGGUUUAACAUUUCCAUGGGAGAUGUAGAUGUAGAUCAACGAAAGAGAAAAAGAAUUGUGAUUGACAAAUGCUUGCACACACUUUCUUCAAAACUGCAAUUCUCAAGAUUCUUUGACAGUGGACUAUAAACAGCUUUUGCAAAUAUUAUUCCAGUUCCAGUCUCAAUUAAGCAUCAGGUACCACUAGCAGGCCUCUUUCCUUUACAUAGGCGUGGGCACUUAAGCAUCAUUUAUAUACAUUUAUAUUUAAUUGUGCUGCAUUUUUGCAGCUUUUUCAAAUCAUUGAAAGUAAUUGACAUGUUAAAAACAUUUUUUUUAACAUUUAUUCAUGCUUCUCGCAGAUUAUUUUCCAGUUACUUAUAUAACGC